UGGGAGGAUUCUUUGGAGCAGUCGGAACCCUAACCGUAGCUGUAACCAUGGUGAAUGUUCCAAAAACAAAGAAGACUUACUGCAAGAGCAAAGAAUGCAGGAAGCACACCCUUCACAAAGUAACACAGUAUAAGAAGGGUAAAGAUAGUCUUUCUGCUCAAGGGAAGCGUCGUUAUGACAGAAAGCAGUCAGGUUAUGGUGGACAGACAAAGCCUGUAUUCCACAAGAAGGCAAAAACAACGAAGAAAAUUGUGCUGAAGCUGCAGUGUCAGAGUUGCAAGCACUAUUCCCAGCACCCAAUAAAGAGAUGUAAGCAUUUUGAGAUAGGCGGAGACAAGAAGGGGAAGGGGACAUCACUCUUCUGAUUUGCUUUAUAUGCCAUUUGAAUGCCUUAUCAUUUUUUUGGUUUUGUUGAAGAUGAACUGGAGCAACCUUUGUAUUGCAGGCAAUUUUGAUUUUGACAUGAAAAUCAUAUCAAUGUUGGAUUGUUCAUUGUCAAGAAUCAGAUGUGGAUUCUCUUUUGCUGCAAUUUGUAGCUAGAAUUUUUUUAAAAUUUAUCGUCUCAUGUUAGAUACUACUUAUGAGUGAUAUUGUGUUUUAGAUGAGUUCAUUUUGUGUAUCCAUUGAUGGUUAAUUAUUUUUUUGCUUAAUUAUCAGAACAAGCAUGCUGAGCGACU